AUGAACUCGACCCUCCCACUCCUCUCCCUGCUCCCCAACGGCGGGUACGGAGGCUCGCCCUCGUUUGGCGACUCGUCGGCCCUCGCGCGCUCCUACGACUACGUCGGGACCGCCGGGUCUGACAACGACUCUGCUUCGGCCGGACCCACUGGCCUCGACUUUUCGUACCCGUACCCGGACGACCUCAGCUUUGGCGUGUCCAACCACCACUACCAGCAGCGUCCAGGCAGCGGCGGACCGGCCAACAGCAACAGCAGCGCAGGCACGUACCCACACUUGGUGCAGCCCGACUUUUCGUCGCACACCACGACCACCAACACCAACACCACUACGACCACCACCAACCACUACCGCACCGACAGCAACUCGCACCACAAUGGCAGCGGCGGGGUCAUGGACGACCGGACCGGCAGCAGCGGCGGCGGCGGUAUCUCUGUCAACGGUGCCGGCGACGCGGCGCGGUUCCUCGACCUCGACCUGAGCCAUCCUGGCCCAUCGACGUACCGCCACCCGAACGGCGGCGGCAUGUACGGCUCUGGCUCCGAGGCGAGCCACGAGGACCCCACGGGCGCGGGCUAUGUGGACAGCGUGGGCCACGAGGACGACCUCGUCAAGGUCGAGGGCAGCGGCACCGGCGGCGACGACGGCGACGAGGGCGACGUCGACAACGAAGAGCCCCUGUACGUCAACGCCAAGCAGUACCACCGUAUACUCAAGCGCCGCAUGGCGCGCGCGCGUCUCGAAGAGCUCAACCGCCUCGUCCGCUCGCGCAAGCCGUACCUCCACGAGUCGCGACACCGACACGCCUGCUCCAGGCCCCGAGGCAAGGGCGGCCGCUUCCUCACCGCAGACGAGAUUGAGCAGCUCAAGCGCGACGAGGCCGCAAAGGCAGCCGCAUCAAGCGCGAGCGGGUCCGGCGCAGUGUCCGCAGAAGCCUCCCCAGAACAGGCAUCGGCGGCAUCGUCCGCAUAG